AUGGUAUUUCCGUCGCAUAUUUUCCAAUCAUUGCACCUUUCCGUUAUCUCCAGCCAUUUUAAAAGGGUCAUAAGUAAGUUAUUUUCGGGAAAGCUCCCAUUUGGACUGUUUUUGAAGUCAAAGCCAAUUCAAAGCCAUCACGCUUGCAAUUUGCAAUUCCGCUCGUCCUCAAAAACAUUGCUUGCUGGCCUCACUGCAGCGGUGUUUCUGAAGCCAGAAGAGAAACAUGGUGCAACACUUGUGGAAGAAACACCUACUGAUUCUAUUGAUGGAAGUAGGCUUUUCUCGUCAUCAAGUGUGGACAGGCCAGAUAGAAAAAGAUAUUGCAUUGAGAAGGGAAAAUAUAAAGUUAUCUUCGUUCUUGGGGGCCCCGGCGUUGGAAAAGGCACGCAAUGCUCAAAAAUGGCGCAAGAGUUUGGCUGGGUUCAUGUUUCUGCGGGCGAUCUUCUCCGUCGCGAGCAAGCACGCGAAAAAUCCCCAUUUGUUGAGCUCAUAGCAACCUGCAUCAGAGAAGGAAACAUUGUCCCUCAUUUUGUCACCAUUGCCCUAUUGAAGGCGGAAAUGGAGCUCUAUCCGCAUGGGACUAUUUUUUUGAUUGAUGGAUUUCCGAGAGAAGUCGGACAGGCAGAGGCCUUUGAGCGAACCGUGAUUCCCAUGGAUCUGGUUCUUUUUUUCGAGUGUGAAGAGGAAACCAUGUUGUCCCGAUUGAUGCACCGCUCACAAACGUCUGGGCGAACCGAUGACAACAUCGACUCGAUUUUAAAGAGAUUCAGGACAUAUCAACAAUCUUCCAUCCCAGUCAUAUCAUAUUACGAGGAAAAGGGCAAAGUAAAACGGGUUGGUAUUUAUUUCUAA